AUGACCCGCGGUAACCAGCGCGAGCUCGCCCGCCAGAAUAUGAAAAAGCAGAGCGACUCGGUUAAGGGAAAGCGCCCAGAUGACGGGCUUUCUGCUGCCGCCCGCAAGCGGAGGUGCCCCAUCAUCUCUACCCCCAGGGACUCGGAGAUCAUGCAGCAGAAGCAGAAAAAGGCAAAUGAGAAGAAGGAGGAACCCAAGUAGCUCUGUGGCUUCGUGUCCAACCCUCUUGCCCUUCGCCUGUGUGCCUGGAGCCAGUCCCACCACGCUCGCGUUUUCUCCUGUAGUGCUCACGGGUCCCAGCACCGAUGGCAUUCCCUUUGCCCUGAGUCUGCAGCGGGUCCCUUUUGUGCUU